AUCGUAUAGCCAAUGCAAACCCAAGAGCUGGAGCCUAGUGAUCAUCUACUCCAGUUUUGAGCCUCGCUCCACGCGAUAAGUGGGCCAAAUAUCCAAGGGAAGAUCGGGCGAAAGAGAAAAGCGAGAGGUGGAAAAAGGAACCCUCACAAUGGCUCCAUCGUCUGCAGAAAACCCAAUGUCGCAGAGUGGAUUCUCCCAAUACGUCGCAACCCAGGAAUAUGCACGCAAAACGCCUGUGCGGAGCUUUGAUCGUCGAUAUCUCCAGCUGCCCUUCGAUUAUGAAAGCCGGGACCAAGAAGUUAUUCCCAGCUCCCAUGACUUUGCAGAUGGAGAAUUUGCUGGAGCCGGGUUCUUCGACAAGAUCAACUUGAGUCUUUGCGUACGUGUACUGGGACUUGGGGAAUGGAAGUAUGAAAUGCGAAGAGAAGCGCAAGAGAUUUUGCCAUUUCUCUACCUGGGACCGGCUAUGUGCGUGAAGAACCGCGACUUCAUGCUCAAAGAGCAUUUUACUUUACUCCUCUCCAUCCGGACCAAAUUGUCUGCACAGGCUCGCUUAGUUUCCGGACAAAGGAUAGCGGAUGAGCUUGGUAUAGAAGCAGCCUCUGUUGAUUUUCUGGAUAACCAGGAAUGUAUCAACGAUCAUCUCGCCUCUCCAUGCAUAGCAGGAAACCAUGAAAACCAGCAACCAAGGAAAAUCCUCGUCUUUUGCGAAUCUGGAAACGAGAGAUCUGCUGCUAUCGUGGCAGCCUACUUGAUGGUGAUGUUCAGCUUAGACGCAGGAAGCGCCCUUUACGUGGUCCAACAACGUCGCUUUUGCAUCAACAUCGAGUCUUCGCUCUGGGAUAUAUUGUGCUCUUUCGAGUCAAUCCUUACGGCCAAACGGGACGUAGAGAGGACAAGACGUGAGGCAAGCAGAAACUCGGCCUUGGAAUGUUCGCCUCUGGCAGCAACAGCCAAGAAGAGAAACUUGGAUGACCGAGACGAUGAUGAGAUUACGAGAGACGACAUGGAUCUCGACGAGGAAGAGGAUGCUAGGAAGCCUCUGGCACCUUUUCGAGAUCGUUGAAUGCAAUAUUUCAACUUUUCUCAGAAGAUGCUGUAGCGGGAGUUUUGUCUUGCGGUCCUGCAUUUGGAGGAGUAUCUCAGGCCUGUCCCGUCGACCUUUCGUCUAUUUCUUUUCUUUCCUUUUCUUUCUUUUCUUUUCUUUUAUUUUUUGCCCCCUUGUUUCCCGUCCACAUUCUUUAUUACUCGCUGGGGAUACCAAAUGAAGGGUAUGUGUGAUAUUAUGAAGUUUCUACUACCUCUGAAUCUUUGCUGUUUGAUAUCUGAAAUUUGAUAAUCUGCCUUCACUAAGACGCAAAGUGGUUUAUCCCGUGUUAUGUAUGGGCAGA